GACUGGAGAGUCCACACUGCAGACUGGAGACUCUGAGACUGACUGAAGGCCAGAAGAUGAGUGUUUGUGUGGAGGAAGAGGAGGACAGAGCAGAGUCUCCAGGAUCCAGCUGUCUGUCUCUGAAGAGUGACCGGUCCAAACAUGAUCCUCCAAACUUCAGUAAUGAACCUGGACCCUCAGACACAAAAGUUAAGUCCAACAGACAGAGAGCAGAGUCUCCAGGAUCCAGCUGUCUGUCUCUGAAGAGUGACCAGUCCAGACAUGAUCCUCCAAACUUCAGUAAUGAACCUGGACCCUCAGACACAAAAGAGAGGAAGAGGAGUCCUGUUUCUGUGGAGGAGCAGCCGUCCUGCUGUGCUUUGUGUCAGGACGUCCUGAAGGAUCCGGUCUCUACCAGCUGUGGACACUGGUUCUGCAGACGGUGCAUCACCUCAUACUGGGACCAGUCUGCUUCAUCAGGAGACUCCUCCUGUCCCCAGUGUGAAGCAGAUAGUGGUCUGCAGGAGGUUUUAGAUGAACAUAAGAUCAGUCUGAGGAGGAGAUGUGAACGUGUGACUGAAGGAAGUGAUGAAACAGGAAGUGGAACCCUCCUCAACAGGAUCUACACUGAGCUCUACAUCACAGAGGGACAGAGUGAAGAGGUUAAUACCCAACAUGAGGUGAGGCAGCUUGAGACAGCUUCCAAGAUGGAGACCCUCCAUGACACUCCAAUCAAGUGCCACGACAUCUUUAAAGCCUUACCCGGCCAACAGGGACACAUCAGAGUCGUUCUGACGAACGGCGUCGCUGGCGUUGGAAAAACCUUCUCGGUGCAGAAGUUCACUCUGGACUGGGCAGAGGGCUUGGAAAACCAAGACGUCAGUCUGCUGAUUCUGCUUUCGUUCAGGGAGCUGAACUUGAUCAGAGAUGAGCGGUACAGUCUUCUCCAGCUGCUCCAUGUUUUCCAUCCAACAUUACAGAAGGUCACAGCAGAGAAGCUCGCUGUCUGGAAACUUCUGUUCAUCUUUGACGGCCUGGAUGAAAGCAGACUUUCACUGGAUUUCCACAACAAUGAGGUCGUGUCUGAUGUCAGACAGAAGUCAUCAGUCAACGUGCUGCUGACAAACCUCAUCGAGGGGAAUCUGCUUCCCUCGGCUCUCGUCUGGAUCACUUCCCGACCUGCAGCAGCCAAUCAGAUCCCUCCUUCAUGUGUUGGCAGGGUGACAGAAGUACGAGGCUUCACUGACGCCCAGAAGGAGGAGUACUUCAGGAGGAGAGUCAGUGAUGAAGAGCUGUCCAGCAGAAUCAUCUCGCACAUCAAGACAUCCAGGAGCCUCCACAUCAUGUGUCUGAUCCCAGUCUUCUGCUGGAUCACUGCUACAGUUCUGGAGCACAUGUUGACUACAGACCAGAGAGGAGAGCUGCCCAAGACCCUGACUGACCUGUACUCACACUUCCUGCUGGUUCAGACAAAGAGGAAGAAGCAGAAGUAUGAUGAGGGACAUGAGACGAGUCCACAGGAGCUGACGGAGGCUGAUAGGAAGGUUCUUCUGAAGCUGGGGAGGCUGGCGUUUGAACAGCUGGAGAAAGGAAACAUCAUGUUCUACCAAGAAGACCUGGAGCAGUGUGGUCUGGAUGUCUCAGAGGCCUCGGUGUACUCAGGAGUUUGUACAGAGAUCUUCAGAAGAGAGAGUGUGAUCUUCCAGAAAACAGUCUACUGCUUUGUUCAUCUGAGCGUUCAGGAGUUUCUGGCUGCCGUCUACAUGUUCCACUGUUACACCGACAGGAAGACAGAGGUACUGGAGGACUUCCUGGAAGAUAGGGAUGAUGAUGAUGAUGAUGAUGAUGAUGAUGACAAUGACAUCUAUGACCAUUACCCAUCUCUGGAUGUCUUCCUGAGGAGAGCCAUGAAGAAAUCCCUAAAGAGUAAAAAUGGCCACCUGGACCUGUUUGUCCGCUUCCUUCAUGGCCUCUCUGUGGAGUCCAACCAGAGACUCUUAGGAGGCCUGCUGGGUCGGACAGACAACAGUCCAGAAAUCAUCCAGAGAGCCAUCAACAACCUGAAGGAGAAGAGGACAAAAAUCUCUCCUGACAGAAGCAUCAACAUCUUCCACUGUCUGAUGGAGAUGAACGACCACUCAGUACAUCAGGAGAUCCAAGAGUUCCUGAAGUCAGAGAACAGAUCAGAGAAGAAACUCUCUGUGAUCCACUGCUCAGCUCUGGCCUACAUGCUGCAGAUGUCAGAGGAGGUUCUGGAUGAGUUGGACCUGAAGAAGUACAACACAUCAGUGGAGGGACGAUGGAGACUGAUUCCAGCUGUGAGGAACUGCAGAAAGGCUGUACUUUCUGGCUGUCGACUCUCAGAGACUCACUGUGAAGUCGUGGCCUCAGCUCUGAAGUCCAACCCCUCCCAUCUGAGAGAGCUGGACCUGAGUUACAACGAGCUGCAGGAUUCAGGAGUGGAGCUGCUGUCUGCUGGACUGGAGAGUCCACACUGUAGACUGGAGACUCUGAGAUUGAGUUGCUGCAGUUUGUCAGAGAUCAGCUGUGCUUCUCUGGCCUCAGCUCUGAAGUCCAACCCCUCCCAUCUGAGAGAGCUGGAGCUGAAUCACCACUACCUGCAGGAUUCAGGAGUGAAGCUGCUGUCUGCUGGACUGGAGAGUCCACACUGCAGACUGGAGACUCUGAGAUUGAGUAACUGCAGGUUGUCAGAGAUCAGCUGUGCUUCUCUGGCCUCAGCUCUGAAGUCCAACCCCUCCCAUCUGAGAGAGCUGGAGCUGAGUGACAACAAGCUGCAGGAUUCAGGAGUGAAGCUGCUGUCUGCUGGACUGGAGAGUCCACACUGCAGACUGGAGACUCUGAGAUUGAGGAGCUGCAGUUUGUCAGAGAUCAGCUGUGCUUCUCUGGCCUCAGCUCUGAAGUCCAACCCCUCCCAUCUGAGAGAGCUGGACCUGAACUACAACAAGCUGCAGGGUUCAGGAGUGAAGCUGCUGUGUGGUUUUCUGGAGAGUCCACACUGCAGACUGGAGACUCUGAGAUGGAAGUGAUCAGAAAGGCGGUUGUGUUGAGAGGACCAGCUGUGUCCUGAUGAUCCAGAGGUUGAAGCAGCAGCUGGUGUGUGGAGAGGCUCUGACUGGGCCAUGUUACUGGGAGGUGGAGUGGAGAGGAGAGCUUCACCCAGCAGUGACUGACGGAGGAAUCACAACAAGUGGAGAUGAGUGUCGGUGCUGCAGUCUGAACUGCUCUGAGAUCAGCUCCACUGUCAGACACAAAGGCAAGUCCACCAUCGUCCCUGUGUGUUCCUCUGGAUGUGGCAGAGUAUCGUCAGUGUAUCUGGACUCUCUGCUGCUGCUCUGUCCUUCUACACCGUCUCUGCAGACACACUGAGACUCCUCCACUCCUUCUGCUCCACCUCCUCCACCUGGACCUGGACCUGGACUUUAUUUAGUCUUUUUUACGUUCUUUCAGAUAUUCUGAACCCAAAGUGCCUCUGCAGCUUCCUUCUGUUUAUGUAGAUGAACACGUUUCAUUUCUUUGCUUUCUGUCGCAGCUCCACCCUGUGGAACGAUGGAGUGUUGCAGUUCAUGUCCGCAUGUUUCUAAAUAACAGUGGAAGUUGAUGUUGUAUGUGUGUAGCGUUACCUCUCUGAAGUUCUGGUUAUUUCCACCAAUAGCAGCUGUUUCUCAUAUUGUAACAGAUUUGCUUGUAACAAACAGAAAGAAGCAGAUACAACCUGAUUCAGUCUGGAUUCAAUCAAGGAAAGUCAGCACCUUAUAUUUUAUUUUGUAUAUCGUUCAAAUAAAAAAAUCUGUUCAACGAUUAUCAACGUGUAACUGUAGAAAGACAUAUUUUAUAUUUCAGUAUAUAAAUCGAUUAGAAGUACAGACACAAAAAUAAUCCAGACUCUCUGGUUUUGGUUGAAAACAAAGAAAAAAUUUUUUAGGUCAAAUGAAGAAACAAAGGCAGCAGCAGACUCCAGAUGAGCUCUAUGGAAAUACGUGAUUGGUUGAUUUAUUCUGUGUCACGAGCUGUGUUCGCUUUCAUGCAAAACAUACUGUUUGUGUUUCAUGCUAUCUAUAAUUACCUGCUUAAUACACUUCCCCUGUGAUACAAAUCUGCAUGGUGUAAAAAAAAUCCAUUUCUGAAAAUCCAAACCAGCUCGACGUGAGAUGAGAGUAAAUGAUGGAGCAGCAGCUGACGCUGAGCUGGGUUUAGAUGUUCGACACCAGAACUCAGCAUGAAUUAGUCUCACGGAAAUUUAAGGUGCAUUCAAAAUAUAUUUCUUUCAUGUUGAUUUUUUUUCUAAAAUCUCUUGUAUUUUCUGUUUUCUCCGGUUCCCCGGCCUUCGUCCAGUCUUUGUGUUCAGUUCUGUUCUGUUAAAUAAAGCCAAUAAAGAUUUUGAAGAUGUUGUGGGUGUUUGGCUCGUUCUCAGUAAAAACCACAAACCAAUUCAACUUUGAUGAACUUAUCGUAUCGUUCGCCACAUUAUCAUGCAGAUACUCAGCUUCAUCCAGUGUCAGACAACAAAACAGAAACUUUAAUGUCUUUCCAACAAACUGGUGGCCUUGUUAGCAGGUCAGCUGUUCCCUGUAAACAACAAAGAUUUCACAGUUAACAAUUAAAGCUAAUGAAACAAUAAAACAUUUACAGACAUUCAACGUGAUUCCUCGGUGUCAUUUUCUAUGGAAGCUGAGUGCAGUCGUGGUUGAUAAUUCAUAUUUUAGGCUCAUUAUUUAGACUUCAGGACUUGUGCUGAUUUUUUGGCACGUUGUAAAGAUCAAACUGCUGCCUCAGAAACAUGAUGUAACUA